AUGAAUGAAGAAGUGCUCACCGACACAGGGUGGAUGAAUGAAGAAGUGCUCACUGACACAGGGUGGAUGAAUGAAGAAGUGCUCACUGACACAGGGUGGAUGAAUGAAGAAGUGCUCACCGACACAGGGUGGAUGAAUGAAGAAGUGCUCACCGACACAGGGUGGAUGAAUGAAGAAGUGCUCACUGACACAGGGUGGAUGAAUGAAGAAGUGCUCACUGACACAGGGUGGAUGAAGGAAGAAGUGCUCACUGACACAGGGUGGAUGAAUGAAGAAGUGCUCACCGACACAGGGUGGAUGAAUGAAGAAGUGCUCACUGACACAGGGUGGAUGAAUGAAGAAGUGCUCACUGACACAGGGUGGAUGAAUGAAGAAGUGCUCACUGACACAGGGUGGAUGAAUGAAGAAGUGCUCACUGACACAGGGUGGAUGAAUGAAGAAGUGCCGCUCUGCACUGAGGACCAGAUGGAGUUUGUCUUGUUUAAAGAGUUGAUGAAGACGAGUCACUUUCCCAGCGGAAACACAACUCAUGAAGAGGGGAACCGGAGGAUCAGGGCCUGUGACUGUGACCCGGCUGGCUCCCUGGAUGGGGGUCUCUGUGACCCCAACACGGACCCGUCCUUGGGGCAGGUGGCAGGACAGUGUCGCUGUAAAGCAAACGUGGAGGGAGCGCGCUGCGACCGCUGUAAGAGCGGCUUCCACGGGCUGAGCGCCGACGACCCGCAUGGGUGCCAGCCGUGUCGGUGUGAUCCCCGCGGCAGUGUCCCGGGGCGAGCUCAGUGCGACCCUCUCACAGGAGACUGUGUUUGCAAACGUCUGGUGACAGGAAGCAGCUGCAACCAGUGUCUGCCUGAGCACUGGGCGCUGAGCCAUGACCUGAGCGGCUGCAGAGGCUGUGACUGCGAUGUGGGCGGAGCUCUGGACAACAUGUGCUCCAUGGACAGUGGGCAGUGUUCCUGUCGCAGUCACAUGACCUCCCGUCAGUGUUCUCAGGUCCAGUCCGGAUUCUUCUUCGCGGCUUUGGACCAUCUGCUGUACGAGGCCGAGAGCGCCACGCUGGGACAGGGCAGCUCUGUGGAGGUGCGGGAGCACUCCCCUGGUCGCCCCGCCUCUUGGACGGGGGUGGGGUUUGCCCGCGUGCCGGUGAGCAGCACACUGGAGUUCAGCAUCAACAACAUCCCCUUCUCCAUGGAGUACGAGCUGCUGCUGCGCUACGAGUCCCAGAUGCCCCGUGACUGGGAGGAGGUGCGUGUGACUGUGGUUCGUCCUGGAUCCAUCCCGACCUCGUCUCCCUGUGGGAACACCAUCCCAGACGACGACAGACUCCUGCUGUCUCUGCCGGCGACCGCAAGGUUCAUGGUUCCUCUGAGGACUCUGUGUUUGGAGAGAGGCGUCUCGUACACACUCCGACUGGAAUUCAGACGAUACCAGGACUUCAACAGUGUCCAGGACGGAUCCGGGCAUUUCAUCCUGAUGGACUCUUUGGCCCUGAUGCCCCGCCACUCGUCCCUGGACAUGUUCAGUGCUGGAGACUCUAGCGCCCUCUUGAGGAAGCAGACGUACGAGCGCUACCGCUGCCACGACACGGCACGCGCUGUGGUGAGGCCCGUCAUGAGCGAGGCCUGUGCCAAACUCAUCUCCAGCAUGUCAGCCCUCAUCCACCAGGGGGCGCUGGAGUGCCAGUGUGACCCCCAGGGGGCGCUCAGCUCAGUGUGUGAUGUGCGUGGUGGCCAGUGUCACUGCAGACAGAAUGUGAUUGGUCGACGAUGCGACCAGUGCGCUCCAGGAACCUAUGGCUUCGGCCCCAGCGGCUGCUCGGCGUGUGGCUGCAGUCCCAGUGGGUCUCUCUCUCCUCUCUGUGACCCGUUGACCGGUCGCUGCCCGUGUCGUCUUGGGGCGUUCGGGCAGCGUUGUGACCGUUGCCAUGGCGCUCACUGGGGAUUCCCCGACUGCAAACCCUGCCUCUGCAACGGACACACAGAGGAGUGUCACCACACCACCGGGACCUGCCAGAACUGCAGAGGCAACACUGGGGGAGAGCGAUGUGAGAGAUGUGCCACUGGUUUCUAUGGUAACCCGGUCUUGGAGUUGGGGGGACAGUGUCGCCCGUGUCCCUGUCCCGAAGGACCCGCCAGCGGCCGCCAUUUUGCCUCGUCCUGUUUCCAAGACGACCGCAGCAAACAAAUCACCUGCAACUGUAAACAAGGCUACACAGGUCCACGCUGUGACCAGUGUGCCCCCGGUCACCAUGGUAACCCCUCUUUGCCGGGCGGUCGCUGUGCUCCGUGUGAGUGCCACAAUAACAUCGACAUGUCCGACCCGGGGUCAUGUGACCGCGCCACCGGCCUCUGUCUGAAGUGUCUCUACAACACCGAGGGCCGCGGCUGCGGGGAGUGCGCCCGCGGUUACCACGGCGACGCAUCACGCCGCAACUGCCGCAAGUGCAGCUGUAACGUACUGGGCACAGACAGCGCCUCCUGUGGCGUCUCUGGAGACUGCGGCUGUGAUCGCUCCAGUGGUCAGUGUCUCUGUCGUCCUAACGUCCUGGGUUUGUCAUGUGACCACUGUGCGCCCAAUCACUGGAACCUGAUGAGUGGGCGGGGCUGUGCACCAUGUGACUGCGACCCAAGCAACGCCUACAGCGCGGCCUGCAACGAGUUCACAGGUCAGUGCCAGUGCCGCAGUGGUUUUGGGGGAAAGACGUGCACAGACUGUCAGGAGAACUACUGGGGCGACCCAAGGACACAGUGCAGAGCCUGUGACUGUGAGUGGCAGGGCAUCAGCGGUUCUCAGUGUGACCGUCGGACCGGUCACUGUGCGUGUCGACCCGGAGUGUCAGGGGUCAGGUGUGACCAGUGCGCUCGAGGGUUCUCCGGAGUCUUCCCCAACUGUGAACCCUGUCACCAGUGCUUUGGAGACUGGGACCGCAUCGUACAGGACCUUGCGGUGAGGACCAAAGCUCUCUCCUCUCGCGCCCAUGAGCUGCAGACCACAGGUCUCACUGGUCCAUAUGAGAGGUUCUUCAAAGGUCUGGAGGAGAAACUCAACCUGGCAACAAGCAUCGUCCAAGCACGAAACCAAACCAGCGCCGCCGUCACUCUACUCAUGGAGCUCAUCGAGGAGCUGAGGACUCAGAUCAGCGACACCACUGAUUGGCUGAGCCGUGUGGAGGCGGAGCUUACGGUUGUCCAGGAUACGAACACUGAGGCGAGCAGCGACCUGAGCGCGUUGGAGCGAGAGGCACGAGAACUCAAUGUGACAUCACAGAGUCUGCACAAGCAGCUGGACCUACUCAAGAACUCCAACUUCCUGGGGGCCUAUGACAGCAUCCGCGGCUCGUACCAAACGUCCAGAGACGCGGAGCGCCGCGCCAACGAGUCAACUGCCGCCACGACCAGCGGGACGUCCAGUGGGACGACCAGCGGGACGUCCAGUGCGGUCGCGGAUUCCAAAGAAACACGGCGCAAAACUGAGCGUCUCAUCGGGAACAAAAAGGACGAGUUUAACCGAAACAACGCUGCAAACAAACGAGCUCUGAGCAACCUGCGAGAGCGGACUCAAGGACUGGACCUGAAGAAGAUCAACGAGAAGGUGUGCGGGGCCCCUGGAGAUGCCCCCUGUGGUGAGGGCCCCUGUGGGGGGGCCGGCUGCAGAGAUGAUGAGGGCAGAGCGUUCUGUGGAGGCUUGAACUGUGAAGGAGCUGCAGCUGUGGCCGACAACGCUCUGGACCGAAGCCAACAGGCAGAAAUACAGCUGCAGAGGGCCCUGGGGGACGUGGAGGGACUGUUCCAGCAGGUGCGUGAGGCCCAGGUGCGUGCGCAGGAGGCGCGGGGGGAGGCGCAGGAGGCGCUGGACAAAGCCUUUGCCACAAAACGAAACAUGGAGCGAAACAACAACGAGCUGCGAGAACUGAUCAAGGACAUCAGGCUGUUCCUCACACAGGAGGGGGCGGAGCCUGACAACAUCGAGGCCGUAGCCAAUCGCGUGUUAGAGCUGUCGAUUCCCGCCUCCACGCUGCAGAUCCGACAUCUCGCCGACGAGAUCAAAGAGCGAGUGCGAAGUCUCUCCAACGUGGACGCCAUCUUAGAACAGACUCAGGGAGACGUGCGGCGUGCGGAGGAACUCCUGCUGGACGCCAAGAGGGCCAGACAUGAUGCAGAGGGCACUAAGACCACUGCGGAGGCGGUGAAGAGAGCGUUGGCUGACGCCCACACGGCUCAGACGUCAGCGGAGAAGACCAUCUCCAGAGCCCGGGCCGACAUCCAGGAGACCGAGGGGAAGCUGACCCAGAUGGAGUCUGAGACCAGGGGCAGUGAGAGGGCCCUGACGGAGGCUGUGUCUCGACUCGAUGCUUUGGGACGAGAGAUCAACGACCUCAAAACUCAACGAGCCAAGAACAGUAUGUCUGCGGCUCGGGCUGAGGAGACCGCCACCAUGGCCCGGGACAAGGCCAGCGAGGCCCGGCAGAUGCUUGAGGGCCAGCUCACUGAUAAGUUCCACGAGGCUCAGCAGAGGGUGGACACGAAGGCCCGGUUGGUGCUGGAGGCCAAGGGACGAGCGGAGAAGCUGAGGCAGGAGGCCAAAGACCUGCUGAAGGACGCCCAGGGGAAGCUGAGGCGGCUGGCAGAGCUGGAGCAGAAUUAUGACCAGAACCAGAAGCAGCUGGAGGGUAAAGCUCGGCAGCUCGAUGGUCUCGAAGACAAGAUGAAGACCAUUCUCCAGGACAUCAACCGACAGAUCCAGAUCUACAACACGUGUCAAGCACGUCAGGCCCGGAUCGAGCAGCCAGAGCGGCCGGGAGGAGUGCUGCGGCCCGCGGACACACAUCACCACACACACCGGUCACUGAUUCCACACUGGAAGAAGCCCAGCAGCGGGAGCGAGAACGGCGAGGGGCGACCGGUCAGCGCCAAGAGCCCCAAGAUGGACGCCAGCAUGGGGGGCGCUGGAGGCGCUGGAGGUGGCAGGGCCCACAGGUUCACAGACCACAGCUCCAGCAAGAAGAAGCAGAAGGACCGAGUGAACCAGGAGAGCAGAGAGGCCAAGAGAACCACGGCCGAGAGGGUCAUCGCCCAGGUCAAGAAAGACGUCUUCAUGGACUGGAAGCAGAACGCCAGUGAUGUUAUCGUGCGUCUGCGCUGUGGCGACGGCGUCCAGAGCGCUGAGGACGUGAGCUGCAGCUUCAGCGACACACACGCACUGGUCAGCUUCCCUGAUGGGCGUGAGUGGUGCUGCCCCCUACAGGAGGAGGUGGAAGCUUCAUGCAGUCGGGUUCAGUUCAAAGAGAAGAGCAGUCUGCUGCAUGUGGUCCUGCACAAGAAGAUCCCCUUCCACACAUGGUCCUCACUCAUGUCCAACAAGAAGAAGGACUCACAGAAGGAGACCAGGGGCCCCGUGGAGAAGGAGACCAGGGGCCCCGUGGAGAAGGAGACCAGGGGCCCCGUGGAGAAGGAGACCAGGGGCCCCGUGGAGAAGGAGACCAGGGGCCCCGUGGAGAAGGAGACCAGGGGCCCCGUGGAGAAGGAGACAAGGGGCCCCGUGCAGAAGGAGACCAGGGGCCCAGAGGAGGAGAGGAAGGAGUCCACAGCUUGUGCCCAGAAGAAGGACCAGGGUCUGAGCCAGGACCAGAACCAGAGCAAAGGCACUCAGAAGGGCCACAAAGCCGUGAGGAAGCGGCCCCCAACGAACAAGCAGAGCAAGGAGGCUGUGAGGGAAGAGACUGAGAAGACGUCGAUCUCUAGAGCAGACCCUAGAGAAGAGAGUGAGAAGAGUGAGUCCAGAGCAGAGAAGGAGGAGGCUGUAGACAGAAGAGGAGAGAAGGACCAGAAGACUGAAGCAACCAGUGAGAGGACAGAGGAGCCCAGAGACAACACAGAGCGGUCCAGGGAGAAGGCUGCUGACUCCUCUGUGAUCAGGACCUGUGCUGAGUCUCCUCUGGUCUCUGAGCAGAUCCCCGCUCUGUCCAUGUCCCCUGUGCCCAUGGAGCCUGUGUCCUCUCUGUCCCCUGUGCCCAUGGUGCCUGUGUCCUCUCUGUCCCCUGUGCCCAUGGUGCCUGUGUCCUCUCUGUCCCCUGUGCCCAUGGUGCCUGUGUCCUCUCUGUCCCCUGUGCCCAUGGUGCCUGUGUCCUCUCUGUCCCCUGUGCCCAUGGUGCCUGUGUCCUCUCUGUCUCCUCUACCCAUGGUGCCUGUGUCCUCUGUGCCCAUGGUGCCUGGUGUCCCUGCUGAACGGAGCACCGCUCCAUCUCAGGCUGAAGACUGUGGAGUUCAGAUAACAGAAUCCCAAGAGGAGAUGCAGACUUCAGCUCCACCACCAGAGGGCGAUAGUGGCUCAGAGCAGCACAUGGACACUGCACCAGGAGCAGAGGCCACAGAAGAGAAGAGCGACAGGUGCAAAGAGGAGGAGCCAGACACUCAGCGGCAGGAAGUUCCAGAACACAUGGUGACUCUGCAGAAGUUAAAGAACGACUCGUAUGAAAAGGGCACAGACCUGAUGGUGGUGAACGUUUACGUGAAGCAUCUCCUCAGAGAGACCACCAGGGUCCUGUUCAGAGACCGGGACUUUACCCUUAUCUUCCAGACCAGUGACUGUAACUUCCUGCGGCUGCACCCAGGCUGUGGACCCAACACUGUGUUCAGGUGGCAGGUCAAACUCAGGAACCAGAUUGAUCCGGACCAGAGCUCGUACUCGUUCACUCCGUUGCGUCUGGAUGUGAUCCUGAAGAAGAGGAGGAGUCAGCGCUGGGAGGGUCUGGAGGCCCUGGCCCCACAAGGUGCAGUGGGGGGUGCUAAGGUGGCUGUAGCCUCCAGUACGACCUGUCUGGAGAAGAACCUGCCUGGGAGCAGCCAGCACAGUCUGCCCCCUACAGAGGAGCCUCCGCGGGGGGUGGAGGACUCCACCAAAGGCCCCAAAGCUCCAGCCCGAGUCGAGGAGACUGGCCUGGACCAGGUCACCCCUCGAUCGGAACAUAUGGGACUGAAGAGCGAAGCUGCCCUGACCACGGCCAAGCCCACGUGCAUGGUGCAGCCCAUGUCGCACUCCCCCUCGGUCCCCGACCCGCGGGAAGAGGAGGAGGAGAGGAAGGUGUGUCUCCCUGGAUUCACUGGUCUGGUCAACCUCGGCAACACCUGCUUCAUGAACUCUGUGAUCCAGAGUCUGUCCAACACCAGGGAGCUCAGGGACUACUUCCAUGACCGGGCGUUCGAGUCAGAGAUAAACUGUAACAACCCCCUGGGGACGGGCGGGCGUCUGGCCAUCGGGUUUGCGGUCUUACUGAGAGCGCUGUGGAAGGGGACGCACCAUGCCUUCCAGCCCUCAAAACUAAAGGCCAUCGUGGCGAGCAAGGCCAGCCAGUUCACGGGUUAUGCUCAGCAUGAUGCACAAGAGUUCAUGGCGUUCUUGUUGGAUGGACUUCAUGAAGACCUGAACCGGAUCCAGAACAAGCCCUACACAGAGACCGUGGACUCAGACGGACGACUGGACGAGGUGGUGGCGGAGGAGGCGUGGCAGAGACACAAAAUGAGGAAUGACUCGUUCAUCGUGGAUCUGUUCCAGGGACAGUUUAAGUCCAAACUGGUUUGCCCCACCUGCUCCAAGGUGUCCAUCACCUUUGACCCGUUCCUGUACCUGCCGGUGCCGCUGCCGCAGAAGCAGAAGGUUCUGUCAGUGUUCUACUUCAGCAAAGAGCCACACAAGAGACCCAUCAAGUUCCUGGUGAGUGUGAGCAAAGAAAAUUCAAGUGCUGCUGAAGUUCUGGACUCUAUCUCACGCAGCGUCAGAAUCAAAGCAGAGAAUCUACGGCUGGCAGAGGUGUGUAAGAGCCGCCUGCAGAGACUGCUGCUGCCCUCUCAGUCUCUGGACUCGGUGUCGGCCUCAGAUCUGUUGUUCUGCUUCGAGGUUCUGUGCAGAGACCAGAGCAACGAGAGGCUCCUGCUGCUGCGCGUGCAUCAGAAACUCCAGGUCCCGAACCUCCCCAUCUCUAAAUGCUCCUCGUGUCUGAAGCAGUCUGCGUCAGAGGACGACAAACUGAAGAGAUGCACUCGCUGCUACAGAGUGGGCUACUGCAACCAAGCCUGUCAGAAAUCCCACUGGCCUCAUCACAAAGCCCAGUGUCGUCCGCACUCAGAGCUGGUGGGUUUGCCCUUCCUCAUCAGUGUUCCAGAGUCCAGACUCACAUACUCCCGCCUCAGCCAGCUGCUGCAGGGCUACUCCAGGUUCUCUGUGGAUGUGUUCCAGCCUCCCUUUCAGUCUGGUCGUCUGUCUCCUGAGACUCGCUGUGACCUCCCCCUGCUGUCAGGACCCUCAGAGGGGUCUGAGGACGAGGGCCAGAGCGAGGGAGCCCGAGGGGGAGAGAGAGUGGAGAUGGGGGAGGAGGGGGGCGACUGUGCCCAGGCCUCAGAAACCCCACAGACACCAGUAACCACGCCCACUGACCAUGACUCGGGGAUCUCAGAGCUCGGCUCAUGUUGCUCCUCAGAUCUUCAAACUGAGAAGGAGACGACCUGCGAGAAGAGCGUCCGACCUGAAGCUGCAGUGACAGGAUACCAGCAGAGCAGUGAGUGUGUCUCUGGACACAGUCAGUUCUACAUCUCUGUCCUCGACAACAACAAUAAGGAGCAGAAGCUGGAGGAGCGAGAGGAUGGCCUCCUGGACCUCACAGAGGACAUGUCUCUUGAGCUGGUGUGGAAGAACAAUGAGAGGUUGAAGGAGUAUGUUCUGGUGAGCUCCAAAGAGCUGGAGUACGACGAUGACCCUGGAUCUCUGAGCGAGACGUCCAGAGCAGGACACUUCAGCCUGGAGCAGUGUCUCAACCUGUUCACCAGGCCAGAGGUGCUGGCCCCAGAGGAGGCCUGGCCAGAGGUGCUGGCCCCAGAGGAGGCCUGGUACUGCCCUAAGUGCCAGCAGCACAGAGAAGCCUCCAAGCAGCUGCUGCUGUGGCGUCUGCCCAACGUCCUCAUCAUCCAACUCAAGAGGUUCUCCUUCAGGACCUUCAUCUGGAGAGACAAGAUCAACGACAUGGUGGACUUCCCCGUCAGGAACCUGGACCUGAGUGAGUUCUGCAUCGGUCAGAAGGACGAUCUGCAGCAGCCUCCAGUGUACGACCUGUACGCUGUCAUCAACCACUACGGAGGCAUGAUCGGGGGUCACUACACCGCGUACGCUCGGUUACCGAGUGACAGAGGCAGCCAGAGGAGCGACGUGGGGUGGCGUCUCUUUGAUGACAGCACGGUGACGAUGGUGGAGGAGUCGCAGGUCGUCACUCGUUAUGCGUACGUCUUGUUUUACCGCCGCAGGAACUCUCCGGUGGAGCGACCACCGCGAGUGCCGCGACCCCUGGGGGCGGAGUCAAGCACCGCUGCAGGAGCAGCAGCCAAUCAGGCGUCUCUGAUUUGGCGAGAACUGGAGGAAGACGAGAGUCUGCGGCGACGUGUGCGAGGAAGAACCCAGCGGGUCCCUGGGGGCAGGGGGGACCAGUGGGUCCACAGGGACCACCAAGACCACAGGGACAUCAGGGACCACCGAGACCAGACUCUGUCCCAGAACCAAGACGACGAUUGGAGCAGAUACGUGCUGCUUGUCACCGCCACGGCCGCCAUCGCUCUGGUCUUUAACAUGGUCUACGCCCUGGUCUACAGGGUCUGA